AUGGUUGAGUUGAGAAGAUCCGCAAGGGUUGCGAAGAAGGAAGCACCAAAAGUUGAAUCCCUCGAGACCGCUAAGGUUACAAAACCAAAGGCUGCAAAGCCAAGGGUUAAAGCAGAGGAAAAGGAGAGCAAAGAUGAAUCCAAGGAGUUGGAAAUUGGAGAUGAAAUACCAGAUCUGACACUGCUUAACCAGGACGAGGAGGAAUUGAACUUGAAGCAAUUGGCAAAGGAAAACAAGAUUAUCAUCAUAUUUGCGUACCCAAGGGCUUCCACACCAGGCUGUACACGCCAGGCCUGUGGCUUUAGGGACAACUUCAACUCCAUCAAGGAUAAGGCACUUGUGUUGGGACUUAGUGCAGACUCUCCAAAAGCUCAAAAGAACUUUCAGGUCAAGCAACAUUUGCAGUACGACUUAUUGUGUGAUCCAAAGAGAGAGUUGAUUGGGUUGUUGGGAGCAAAGAAGAGUCCAACCGGGAUUAAACGUUCUCACUGGAUCUUUCAAGACGGUAAACUCGUUGAAAAGAGAAUCCAAAUCUCUCCAGAGGUCAGUAUCAAAGAUGGGAAGGCUAAAGUGUUGGAACUCUCC